AUGAAUGGGCCUUGCACAUUCAACCUGUACACUCGGUCCAGUUAUUUUGUCUAUGUUCCAGUUGGCGAUUUCGUUUGGGCCUCUCUUUUCUCUUGGAAAGAGGGUGUAGCUCUAAUGGAUAAAUCAACGCUCCCUUUUUUUUCUUUCAAAUCACUCUCCCUUUUCAUCAAUGCCAAGGGAGAGAAGAUAGGCACAAUGCGGCAUUGUGACUAA